AGUGUGGUGAGUUUAUCGCUCAGUGAAGAAAGUGCGCGAUUUGUUUUCAUUGCAUUUUCCCGAGGAAAACUCAGUGUAAAGUAGGUAAAAGCGAGUGAAAAUGGAGCUUUAUGAUAAUUACCUGAUGAGACACUAUGAGGGAGACAUCGGAAGCAUGCUGGCGUCGGAUUUAAGCGAGGGUUCCUACACAAUCUUCGUGGACAUGUACCAUCUGCAGCACGAGGCGCCGGAGCUGUUCAAGCGCCUCCAGGAGGACGCCUGGGAGGAGCGCAGAAAGUGGAAUGCCAGCCUCACGAGAGUGCAGCAGCAGAUUCUGCAUCAUGAUCCCUUCCUGGUGGAUUCCGACGUUUUAAGGGACUCCUGCUCUGUGACACUCCACAAUUUGCCCGCGUCCGCGGACACACACUUCUCCACGACUUUUCCCAACCUCGAGCACAUAGGGAAACUCAUCCAGGUGAAAGGAAAUGUUAUUAGACUAUCGAGCAGGACUUAUAUUGAGUCCAAGCGAGAAUAUAUCUGCUCAAAGUGCAAAAAGAGUGUUCUGUGUCAUGCCUUGUAUGCAAGGACGUUCUUCUUCAGUGCGCCCACGCGCUGUCCGGACGCUUUUGGGCCCAACAGGUGUCGAGGAACGAUGCAGCCAAAGCUCACGCAGCCGAACGAGAUGAACUGCAUGGAUUACCAGGAGUUCCGGAUGCAGGAGCUUUCUGGGGAGUCGCGCAUGCCGAGGACACUCUUCGUCACGCUGGAGGACGACAUGGUGGAGUCUUGCGAGCCCGGGGAUUGCGUGGUGGUGUGUGGCGCGCUGCAGCUGCAAUUCCUGUGCACGAAGGAGCACGUGAGACCGAUUGUGCGGCUGGUUCUGCGCGCGAUUAGCGUGUACAGUGAUCAGAAGCGUUCCAGCAGGAAAUUUGCGGACGAGGCGCUGUAUGCUCAGCUGAUGUGGCAAGAGAUUGUGGAGAGUGAUGGUGAGGCGAGGGCGCGUGAGAAAAUCGUGUCGUCCUUCUCGCCGAAGACACUUGGGCUGCAGUGCAUAAAGCUGGCCAUUUGUCUGGUGUUGUGCAGCGGCGAUGACACUCUGCCGCUGGGCAAUGUUGGUCACGUGCGCCAGAAUUCGCACAUCCUUCUCGUUGGGGAUCCGGCCAUGGGCAAGUCUAAGCUCAUCACAUUCGCCAAGGAUGUGGCACCGCGAGCGAUCUACACGACUGGCGUGGGCUCGACGCAGGCCGGCCUCACUGCGGCGGCGGUUAGGGAGAACAAUAAGUGGCAUCUCGAGGCGGGCGCUCUGGUGCUGGCGGACGGUGGCGUGUGUUGCAUUGAUGAGUUCCAUUUGCUGUCGAACAACGACAAGGCGAGCAUUCACGAGUGUCUGGAGCAGCAGACACUGAGUUUGGCCAAGGCGGGAUUGAUUUGCACACGCCGGACGCGCUGUUCAGUAAUUGCGGGCAUGAAUCCGAAGGUAAAUCCCAAGGGAGACACACUGGAGGAACUGGAAGUGGCGGCAAUAGGACUGAGCAGUCCGCUGCUCUCGCGCUUCGAUCUUAUUUUCCGGAUGCAGGAUCAGUACGAUUCGCACUGGGAUGGCAUGAUUUCGUCACACUUCAUGAAAUGGGUGGUGCGCGACUUCGUCGAAGAGGAAGAAGAAGAUGGGCUGUGGGACAAGACCAAAUUGCAGGCUCACUUUGUCAUGAUCAGAGACAUUCAUCCGACCAUGCAAGUGAACGCCGAGAGAAUCCUUAAGGAAUACUAUACACUCUGUCGACAGACGUACCAAAAUGUGGCCAGAGGCAGGACAACGAUGCGACUAUGGAAUAGUUUGGAGCGUCUCGCGAAGGCACACGCCAAACUCAUGGCUCACACGAGAGUCACUCUUGUGGAUGCCGUGGCGGUGAUCUUCCUGAUGGAGUCUUCCUGGGGCUACGGUGGAAUUCUGCCCCCAAUCAAUGUGAUAAACGAAGAGCUUCCUUAUCCAACUGAUGAGAUGAUUGAUCAAGUGCUCUUUGCACUGUCGCUGACCAGAGAAGAUCUCUCUGGUGGCGAUUCUGAACCGCCCAGUGAGACGAGAAAGAGGAGUCAACCUGAAGAUGUAUCACCAGUACAACGACCUGAGAAGAGAUCAACUCAAUCUUCCGCAACAUUGCAUGCCACGCAGGAUUUUCUUCGUCAAGAAAUAGCAGAAACGGCAGAAACAAGCUCAGGAUACAAGUCUGCUUUUAUGAACCUUCUCAGUCAUCAAGGAGAGUCUCUGAAUCUGGAACUGGACGACGUUGAUCCCCUUCCGGAGAGGCAGGAAUCCAAUGGCGAAAGCACAUCCACGGCGCCUUCGUCAUCAUUUCAGCUGAAUAUUGCUGAACUGCGUGAAUGUCUGGACACAGAAAAGGACAAUGAAGGGACUUCCACCGUCAAGGGUUUCCUCGCUGACCAGUUCAAGGACUUUGACUGUGCAGACCUGGAGUUAGAGUAACAUUUCGG